UGGGGUCAGUCGCUUGUCACCGCUGUCAGCUUGGCGAGUGCCUGCAGGAGCUGCCUGGAAUUUCAACACCAACGCCAACCCCAGUGCAGAGUGUCAGAGGUACGUGGAGCUGCAGGAGCUAAUGAAGGACCAGAAGGAGCAGAGCUACUGGCAGGAGACAGGCCGAUGGGGGGGCUACGAGGAGAGCUUCGACCCUCAGUCUGGGGUCUGGGCGUGCUCGCACAUCUCCUAUCUCACCUUCAAGAGCCUCAUCCAGCUGCGACGCACCAUGAACACAGGUGUGACCAUUUUUGACUGUGAAGAGCGGACUCUGGCCGGCAUCGCAGAGAAGAUUGUCGGCGAGAUGGUCAACAAGAAGGAGAUCAGACCUGCAGACCGGGAAGGAGUGCUGAAUUCUCUGCUUCAAAACCGCAGCCAAUCAAAUGACCCUGAAAGGCAAGCCCUGGCUUCAGGGGUGGACCUGCAGAAGUUUUCAGUCAAGGAGAGAAGAGAUGAAUCUGACCGUGUAGAGGCCUCCAUGGUGCUAGUAGGAGCCUUGGACUUUCUGGAAAAGCCCACAGUUGCAUUUGUGCGUCUGAAGGAAUCUGUGGUGCUCGACUCUGCCUUGGAGGCCCCGGUGCCCGUACGCUUUAUCUUUGUUCUGGUUGGCUCGAACAAGACCGACAUGGACUACCAUGAGACUGGACGUUCUAUGGCAGCACUAAUGGCUGAUAAAGUAUUCAAUCAGGCAGCAUUUCGGGCAAAGAGCGUCCGUGAGCUGACGGAUGCCGUGGCCGACUUCAUGGACUGCAGCAUCGUUAUCCCACCCACCGAGAUCCAGAACGAAGCGAUGCUCACCUCAAUUAUCAGCUUUCAGAAGAAACUCUUGCAGGACAGGUCCCAGGGAUCUGACUCUACACCCUGCCUGGAAUCCAAGCCUCGCAGAGGUAAGUGUUACAACAAACCAAUUAUUUGCUGGAACUCUUUUCUAUUAUCAGUUCAUAGUGCUCACAUAAGAUUAAAAUUGUCCCCAGUUUCCAUCUCUUCUGGACCUCCACCUGAAGACCCAUUGUCCCGUACUGGUCGGCCGUUUGGCGGGAUGAUACGAGAUAUAAAGAAACGCUACCAGUACUACAAAAGUGACAUCACAGAUGCUCUUAACGCCCAGGUCCUUGCUGCCGUCAUCUUCAUCUACUUCGCCGCCCUGUCUCCUGCCAUCACUUUUGGAGGACUGCUGGCUGAUAAGGUGGAAAACAUGAUGGGUGUCCCAGAGCUCCUUAUCUCCACCAGCGUUCAGGGGAUCAUCUUCUGCUUAAUCGCAGCUCAGCCCGUCCUGGUGAUCGGUUUCUCUGGUCCUCUGUUAGUGUUUGAAGAGGCCUUCUUUGCUUUCUGUCAGUCUCAGGACACUGAGUAUAUCGUGGGCAGAGUGUGGGUUGGAGUGUGGCUGGUCAUCAUUGUGGUGCUCAUCGUGGCCUUUGAGGGCAGCUUUCUGGUGCGUUUCAUCUCCCGCUUCACCCAAGAAAUCUUCUCCAUCCUCAUCUCCCUCAUCUUCAUCUAUGAAACUUUUGCCAAACUAGCGAGGACCUUUAAGAACCAUCCGCUAAUUCUGAAUUACGAUCAUCUGAAUUCAACUAUAGAAAACCCCUGGCACCCAAAGGUUGAAGAGACAAUCAUGUAUGACAAUGCUACUGGAAACAUGACUGUUAUUAUGAAGACUUUUAAGCCACCUUACCCCAACACAGCCCUGCUCUCCAUGUGCCUCAUGUUGGGCUGCUUCUUUAUUGCUUUCUUUCUGCGGCAGUUCAAGAACGGCACUUUCCUUCCUGGAAAGGUCAGACGUUUGCUUGGUGACUUUGGUGUUCCUAUUUCCAUCUUCCUCAUGGUUGUCAUAGACUACAAUAUUUCGGAUACCUAUACUCAGAAACUAGUGGUUCCAAAAGGUCUGAUGGUGUCCAACCCUGCCAAAAGAGGCUGGCUUAUCAAUCCCUUCGGAGAGCACAAGACUUUCCCUGUGUGGCUAAUGUUUGCAAGUUGUGUCCCAGCCUUGCUCGUCUUCAUUUUGAUCUUUCUGGAGUCUCAGAUCACAACUCUCAUUGUGAGCAAACCUGAGAGGAAGAUGGUCAAAGGCUCUGGGUUCCACUUUGACUUGCUGGUUCUAGUCGGCAUGGGGGGGCUCAGUGCGAUAUUUGGUGUGCCAUGGCUCAGUGCUGCCACGGUGCGAUCUGUCACCCACGCCAACGCCCUCACCGUCAUGAGCAAAGGAACAAAACCUGUGAUUGAGAAGGUGAAUGAGCAGAGGGUCAGUGGCGUUCUGGUGGCGUUGUUGGUUGGUCUAUCAAUUCUGAUGGAGCCGAUCUUGAAGAUGAUUCCCAUGGCGGCCUUGUUUGGGAUCUUUCUCUACAUGGGAGUUACGUCACUCAAUGGCAUCCAGCUGUGGGAUCGUAUGCUGCUUCUGCUCGUCCCUAAGAAAUACCACCCCGAUGAACCCUAUGCUACCAGAGUGAGCACAGGACGAAUGCACUUGUUCACGGCCAUCCAGAUAGUGUGCCUUGUCGUCUUGUGGAUUGUUAAGUCCAGUCCGGUAUCCCUCGCACUUCCCUUCAUACUCAUCCUCACCAUCCCUCUACGCAUGUUUAUGACCGGCCGUCUCUUCACUGAACUGGAAAUCAAAUGUUUGGAUGCUGACGACGCUAAAGUGACAUUCGAGGAGGAGCCGGGGCAGGAUGUAUACUGUGAAUCUCAGAUGCCAUUGUAGACGUCUUCCACGACAGCAGCCAGCGACAUUUGAUUUGAACAAAAAAGAUAUUUAUUUUACACGUGGCUCAAAUGAAUGUUUCAUCUACUUAUGAGCACAAACAUGUUUUUGAGUGUUUUUCAUGAAAAGUAUAGAAUGUUGAAUAUAAAAUAUAGAUUAUACCUUUAUAGUAGAAACUUUCCUGAAGAGUUUUCAACAGUCACUCAGGUAAAUUAUGUUAUUUUCUUUCUAGCUUGUGUUUUACACAAAGCUUUACACACAACUGAGGCUGGAAAUAUUCAGAAAAUAAUAGAAUUUUAAAAAAUCUGCAAAUAUGCAAGCACUCCAAACAUGGACAGAUUGAAUGCUGGAUAGAAAAUGUAGGGGAAAAAGCCAAAAUUGUAUGUUUUUCCAAGCUAUCGCACAUUGAAUGUAAUAAUGUAACAUGUGCCACUGAAGUUAUUAUUAUUAUGUGUUUGCUGGCUUGAAGCAGAUAAAAAGCCAAACUCUGAAUUAAGCAAUGUGUGAUUUAUAAGGCAAUUAUGCAAGAAAAGUGAAGAUAUUUUAUCAAGAGUGAUCAAACUAACACUGGAGAGCAAAAAAAAAAAGGACAACACAGUGCAUGGAGAGUGAAAUUGUUGAAUUUUUAUGUGUUGUUAAACUUUCUACUCUGUGAUAUGUUGCUGUUUUCUUGCCACAUCUCUAAAUAAUAAAAAAACUACCUCCCAAAAAUCAUCACUUGAUUGAUU